AUGGAUUCCUUCGUAAUCGUUGGGGUCUCUAUCCGAAUGCCCCAGGAAGCCGUAGAUGAAGACAGCUUCUGGCAUGUGCUCGAGACUAAGAAAAGUCCCAUGACACCAUGGCCCAGGGAUCGUGCAAACUUGGAGUCGUUCUAUGAACGUGUCUCUGAGAGCCAGCACAACAAGGACCCAAGCGUCUUUGAUGCUUCGUUCUUCUCCAUUGCGCCCCGGGAGUCAGCCGGCAUUGACCCUCAGCAACGCUGGGCUCUGGAGGCAGCAUAUCACGCUGUUGAGAACGCUGGUAUCCGCAUGGAAGACCUCAAAGGUAGUAGCCUUACCGCAGUGCAUGCCUCGUCCUUCACGAACGACUACAUGCAUAUGUCAAGGAAGGAUCCCGAUGCGGCGCCACCUCAGAUGGUCAUGGGCACGGCAUCCUCCAUCCUAUCGAACCGUAUCAGCUGGUUCUUCGAUAUCCAUGGGCCGAGUGUAUUUAUCGACACAGCAUGUUCGAGCAGCCUGGUCGCGUUGGACAUGGCAUGUCAAGCAAUGCGGAACGGUGACGCCACAUCGCUCAAAUUGAUUGAUAAUCUCUGGUUUGGCGCCCAGGCUCUCGUGAUCGGAUCGAAUCUGCUUCUCAGCCCGGAACUGCCCACAUACCUCGACGGGCUGGGAUUCUUGUCUCCAGACAGCCACUGCUACUCAUUCGACUCCCGUGCUAAUGGCUAUGCGCGCGGUGAAGGGGUCAUUGCAUUGGUUGUCAAACCUCUAAGUGAGGCCUUGAAGGAUGGGGAUGUCGUGCGAGCUGUCAUACAGGCACAAGAGAGACUCAUACGUCAUGUAUAUGCCAAAGCGGGCCUCUCCUUCGAUGAAACCCUGUAUUGUGAAGCACACGGAACGGGCACCGCCAUCGGUGAUCCUAUUGAAAUGGAGGCCAUCGCAAGGGUAUUCAACUCAUCACGAUCCUCAGGAGAUCCCCUCUAUGUAUCGGUUAAGCCCAACAUCGGCCACAUUGAAGCAGCUAGUGGUCUUGCCGGAAUUGUUAAGUCCGUCCUCAUGCUGGAGAAAGGCUUCAUACCUCCAAAUGCGCUUUUCGAAAACCUCAACCCGGAGAUCCAGGCGAAGGGUCAUCAUGUUCAGGCAAGUCAUAUUCUCAUUGGUUCCCGGGUUGGUUCCUUCAAGGUUUCCGAUAUAGACCCCGAGAGGAGUCUGGCCGCCUACGGGAUCGAUUCGCUGAUGGCUGUGGAGAGGGCACAGGUCGGAAAGUGA